UUGUGUGUGUAAGCUACAGCUAGCCCAGACUUCGUCUACAUUGGAUCGAAUAUAUUCUGAAGUGAACAUGGACGGUCGCGGUUAUGGUUCAGGAUCUGGUAGCUACGGCAUGUACGGAGGCGGAUAUGGCGAUACGCACAUGAAGGGCGGUCUGUCCGGUUCCAAUGCCGAUGCCGUCAUUGCUAAAAUCAACCAGAGGUUGGACAUGCUCUCCCAGCUGGAGGGGGGUAUGAGAGGGGGUCGAAACGAUAGGUUUGACCAGUACGAGUCUUACGACUCACGCUCCUCUGCCCCCGGCCCCCGCGAUCUCUACAGAUCUGGUAACUUUGGUUUCGGCGACUCCCGGGCAGACAUGAUGGGCUAUGAGUCCAUGGGUGCCGCCGGAGGCCGAGACUCUUUCUCGGGCUCCGGCUGGGGGGAGGGACCGAGGUCCCAGCACAGAGGAGGAAGGCCAGACGUGCGUGGCUUCGGGCGUAUGCAGGAUGACUAUAUGACCGGUGGAGGUAGGCAGACCGGUGUGCAAGGCCACUCCCCAUCAGGGCGAGGCAGGCUGCCGUCGCUCCUCAGCCACCGCGUGUUCCCUGAGAGGGGCUUCCAGUUUAAGGGCUCUCAGUUCGGAGGGAACCAAAGGGGCAACCGACAACAGAACCGCAAGAGACCCCACAACCGACAGCAGGGGAAACAGAAGGACAGGAAGGAGCCUCAGUCUCCGUCGGAUGAGCCGGAGCCCAAAGUAAGCAAGGCCGAGUCUGCCGGAGACGACGACGAAGAUACCGUUGAGCCAAGGGACGAGAAGACAGACGACGGGACUCCAGCCACCGAAUCGAACCCGGCGGCUGAAGAUGAGGAUGCUGAGACGAAGUCGGAGGACAAACCCUCUGCUCCCAGGUCCAGGAGGAGGCGAGGGUUCUUCGAAAGGACGGCCAACGGUCCGAGCCGCUCGCUGACCAGGGUGGCCUUCGCCUGCUCCAUCUGCAAGUUCCGCUCCUUCUACAGCGAGGACAUGGAGGCUCACCUGGAGAGCAAGUUCCACAAGGAUCACUUCAAGUUCCUGUCCAGCCAGUUGUUGAAACCGACCGCCGAGUUCCUGAAGGAGUAUCUGCUGGAUAAGUACAAGAAGACGGCGCAGAGGAUCACCCAGCUGCCCGACCACUACUCCACCAUCUGCCAGGUCCUAAAAGACCAGGAUCUCACCAGAGAGAUCGGGAUGGAGCACUUCAUAAAGAAGGAGGAGGCGGCGCACUGUACGGCGUGUGACAUCUACAUCCCCAUGCAGCACAAGCUCAUCCAGCAGCACAUCAAAGCCCCCGAGCACAACCAGAACCGCAAGGCCAUGAUGGAGCAGUCCAAGUGGUCCUGUGCCUCCGUGGCCCGGAGCAUCCUCAACCACAAGGUCAUCAGCAAGAAACUGGAGACCUUCCUCAAGGGCGAGAACCCUUUCACUGAUGACCAAGACAAGCAGGACCUCGAUGACUCCAUGACGCUGGAGGAAACGGAGGGCGACGGCGAGCCGAAAGAGAAACCAGAAGAAGGGGCGGAGAACGCCGGCGAGGGGGCUCCUGAAGGGGCAGGGAACGGCCAACCCAAGGAAACGAGUGGCGAUGGAGGAGAGGGAAAAGAGAUGCAGGGUGAGGCAGGAAAGGAAGAUGAUUGGGCUGGAGGUGAGGAGGAGGAGGAAAUGGAGGCAGGAGAUGAGGUAGAAGGGGUGGAGUUGGGAGAAGAAGAUGAAGAUGAAGGAAUAGAGGGCCUGGAGGUGGAAGACCAAGAAGCUUGAAGAUGGUGGUGAUCAGCUGCUCUCAUCAUCUGAUGGAGCAGACUGGACCAAAUACAACGCUUCCAUCCGUUUAGUCAUGUGGGACGACCAAUAAAAAUGGGACGGGGUUUAAAUCUUCAGCUAGCGUUCAACCUUCUGCUCUUUUACCAGGUUCCUCCACACGACUGAUUAACCUUCACAUAAGAGUUCAACGUUAACCUACGAUCUUUGCUAAUUUAUGUCAUAACAUCUUCAGCCAGUCGAAGAGCCAAUCCCUGUUCGUCUCAGUGUUGGUGUUCAGUUCUUCACCUGCGUUAAACUGUUUUAUUUUUUAAGUGAUGAUUCGAUUGUAGUUUCAUUUUUCUGCUUUUGGUUUGUUCAGUUGAAGAACGAUUGUUAAACGUAGAAUCUUAGCUGAAAAUAAAUGUUUAUAAAAGUUCA